CAGAAGUUAUAUUUGUUAAACAGUCUGUGAUUGUAUCUUUAAGUGGCAUCUAGUAUAAAAAAAAAAUACUGGACAAAAUUUAAGGCGGAAUUUAUUAAAAUUGCAUAUAUAUCAGAAGAUUGGAAAUUGAAGAUGGUAGACAAUCGUAAACUCGAUUAUAAAGAAAGAACCUUCGGAAUAAGACACUUGCAAUGUAUUCUUAACUUUUUUGGACUUGGAGUUGCACAUGCACUUCGUGUAAAUAUGUCUUUAGCUAUUGUAGCAAUGACCGACAAAUCUGCAGCAUCCCAAUACGGCGUAUUUCUAUGGGAUGAAAAAAUUAAGUCUAUGGUCCUGAGUAGCUUCUUCUGUGGCUAUGUAUUCACUCAAGUUCCAUCCGGACAAAUGGCUCAAAAAUAUGGUGGCCAUAAAAUCUUAUUCUGGGGAAUCUUUAUUUGCUCAAUCCUAAAUAUUUUAACACCAAUUUGUGCUAAACUGGGUGGAUGGCAUUUAGUGUGUGCUCUGCGAUUAGUCCAAGGACUCUGUCAAGGAUGUGUUCUUCCAACAACGCAUACUCUUCUUUCCAAAUGGGCACCAAUCAAGGAACGUGGUUUACUGGGAACCCUUUGUUAUUCUGGUUCUCAGUUUGGUACAGCUCUAAUGCUGUGUGUGAGUGGAGAAAUAUCAGCCUCGUUCAUGGGUUGGCCAGGAAUAUUCUAUACAUCUGGAGGUGUUGGUUGUGUUUGGGCAUUACUAUUUUAUUUCUUCGCAGCAAGUUCACCAUCAGAAAGCCAUUUGAUCUCCGAGGAAGAACGAAUGUACAUUGAAAUGUUACCUGUUCCCAGUGCUGAAUCACCAAAAGAUCCAGCCGAAGAUGAACCCAAGCCGAAGUUACCAACUCCAUGGUCACACAUAUUGACCUCAAUACCAUUUUAUUGCAUUGUAGUUGUACAUUGCGCCAACAGUUGGACUUAUAACAUCCUCUUAACCCAAAUCCCAACCUAUUUCAAAAGCAUUAUGGGAAUGAAUAUUAAAAAGAAUGCUUUACUCUCUUCACUGCCAUUUUGGGUCAUGGUAGUUACAAGUUAUUUCUUCAUGUUCAUUUCGGAAGUUCUUAGAAAGACUGAUUGCAUGAGUCUGUCGGUAAGCCGUAGAUUCUUCAAUACUAUUGGAAACUGGAUUCCAAUGAUCGGACUUAUUUUUAUGGGAUAUAUGAGCAAAGAAAAUGAAACUCUUGCAAUUAUUUUAUUAAUGGUUAUUAUGGGAAUGAAGGCAGCUACUUGUUUAGGUUUUAUAUUGAAUCACAUUGAUUUGUCGCCAAAUUUUGCGGGCACAUUGAUGGGUAUGACGAAUGGUGUUGCGCAUAUAUCGAGUAUAUUGGCACCUUUAACUGUUGGAUUUAUAGUUUCCGAUGAGAAAAAUCCAGAACAAUGGAGGAUAAUAUUUUUCUUAACAGCAGGAUUGUUAUUUAUUGGAAAUCUAUUGUUUAUUACUUUUGGUAAAUUUGAAACACAAUAUUGGAACGAACUUGAGCCAGUUGAAGUGAAGACAUCAAAAAACAAUAGCCAGCAAUCGGUUUAUAAGGACACAGUUCACUAAUGCAGUAUUACAAUGGUUUAUCAGUCUAUUUGUGAUUGAUAGUUAAGUAACUGUUGUUUUCU